AUCGCCCAUCUCUGGCUCAAAUUGGAGUAAUUGGAACGCACCUUUUGUCGCCAUGUGUACUAAAGUUUCUAGGGAUAUUCCAAUUGGAAAGCACCCUGUGCUUUCUGAACUGUACUAUAAAACUGCUAUCACAUAUGUACGUAGCUUGUGACAAAAUGUCUCCAUCUGAUUUUGACAGUUGACGUCCAGGUUUGCAUAUAACAAUGGCUGAAAGUGAUGAAACAUCAACGAAACUGAAAUCUGAAAUUUCUGGAGAGGUUAUGAAAGAGACGGAGGCCGAUAUCAGUCGUUAUUUCGAGAAUGCGUCCCGUACGAUAUUCGACGAGAUCGUUUCACCGAAGAAACAAGAUUUUUUUGAAGUACAAGGUGGUUCUGUAAGCAGAAUUCCAGAUUUCGAAUUGAUGACUAAUCGUUCCAGUGGUAACGAGCGACCCGAUCAUAGUGCCAUGAACGAUAUGCACAAAGAUAUCUGGAUACCAUCCGAACAGACACGAAAAGUCUUACGGAGUAUCGCUACGUCGACUACUGGAUCUAAUUCCCUCGACAGAGAUAACUUAACAAUGCCAGGACUGGCAAUACAAGGAGACAUGCCUGAUUUAAUAAAAAGUACUGCCAUUCAUUUUCUGGGUGAAGAUGAAAAUAUUCACAGGAAUGUACUUACUGCAUCCGAUGUAACACAGGAUGAACGUGGCUUGAGAAACUUAAUACAGGCUGGCUGUUACAAAGCAGCAAUUAAUUUAUCAGGAAGACUUUUAGCUGUGUAUGCUCAAGGAUAUGGCAAGAUAAACCAGCCGAGCAAGCAUACCCCGCAUUCUUUGCAAUUAUGGUACACAAGGCUUGCUUUACUGACUAAACUUAGGCAAGUAGACGUAUUAGAGAACGAAUCGAAACCAUUUGGUAAUUUAGACAAGCCUGAUAUGUACUUUACAUUUUAUCCUGAACUUUAUGGUACUAGGCCAGGUUCUAUGGCUUCCUUUUCCUUUAGAUUACUUUUAGCUGAAAUACCAUUGUAUUGCAAGAAACCAAAGCAAGCACUGGAUAAUUUAUUUAAGGUUCUAGCCACAGUAAAUCAAAUAAUAGCUAAUUUUAAUGCUGGACUCUGUGGAGAUGGAUCUCGUGUUAAAGUUAACGCGGCCGAGCAAAGAGAUGCUUUGCGACUAUGGAAAGGCAGAAAAUUAAGAGUCCUUAUAUCUGUUGUUAAUUGUGCAGUCAGCACGAAGAAUUAUGUCCUGGCUAUAGACAUUUUAGAAAAACUAUGCGAAUUUCCCGAUUGGACUGCCGAAGAAUUAGAUGCUCUAAAAUCGAGUAUAGGGAGGUUACGUUUAUUUUUGGGAGAUGUUUCAGCAGCAGAGAAAUUACUUAUCACGCAAAAGAAACAGGACAGUGGUUUGAGCGUCAGAGAGUUGAUGAACAGAGGAUUAAUGGCAGUAGCACAGAAUGCCUUUCAAGAUGCGUAUACAUGCUUCAAAGCUGCAGCUACAAUGGAUCCUUCGAAUGUCGUGUUAACUAAUAACAUGGCUGUUUGCCUUUUAUAUACAGGCCAAUUGAAGGCAGCAGUACACUUAUAUGAAAGUGCAAUUACAAAAAACCCUGUAAAAAGUUUACAGGAACCUAUACUAUUAAACAUAUGCAGUGCAUAUGAAUUGCAUACAAUUCAUUGUGAGCAACCAAAAUUACAUCUGUUAAGCCAACUGAAUAGAUAUAAAGGGGAUGCUGUAGAUAUUCAGUGUCUAAAACUUGCUAUGUAAAGUAAUCCUAAUUUUAAAGGAAACUAUUUUAUUCGUCCAUGUAUAGUAUAUGACAAGCUACAGGAGAAAUUAUAAAUCUGUUAUUUAUUUAUAAAAGGAAUUACAUUAAGCAGUGUGUAAAGUUUAUCAAUAAAAUUCAAUUUCGAUUGAGUUUAAAAAAAAAUUGAAGUCUCAUAAAUGUUCCUUUAUCUUUGCAAAUUAAACAAUCCGUACGAAUUAAUUUAGUUAUUUAGAAAUAGUUCCCAGAAUAUAAGUACGAUUGCAAAUAUAAAUUGAAAGAAAAACUUCUCGAUCUGCAUAGCGAAGUUCGAUACACUGUCGUGUUGCGCGGAAUGAAAAGGAAAGCCUAGUCUCUGCAAACCGUCUAGAUUAUAUAAAAUUUAUAUUUUUAUGUAAAUACAAUAUAAUGUCGAAGAUACAAAGUUAAAUAAAAAUAAAACGAGAGCCGAAAAAUUAACAUAUCGAUUGCCGCACGUCGCGCCGUACAUAUGAUUGCACAGAAACAUAAAGGGUCUUGCGGACUCGCAUUAAUCGGUUGCCAAUCGUUGCGUCACGCGGUCCAAGGAGUUAGAAGCGUGCCAAUCAAGGAAAUUCAACAUCGAUGUCAAAGUAAAAUAGCUUUUAUUACAUCGUGAAACGAGGACAAUUUAAUGAACGUUCAACAAUUGCUAGAAUUCUCUCUCUUUCUCUCUCUCCCUUUCGUUCCACCUUUCACGCAUAUACACGCGUUCAUUUUUUUUUUCUCUCCUUUCACGCUACACGUUCUCCCUUCAUUAUUUGUGUCACUCGGUUAUUCUGCUUACAGUUCAUCUCGCACCUCUUUUCUUUUCCUUUCGUUUCAUCGAUUACCUUACUCGUUUACUCUCGUUAUUCGAAAGAAUCAGCGUGCUCGUAACGUUCAUCGUGAAUAUUACGCAAGACACACUUGAUUCUCAAUCCUUUCUUUCAAUCCGCCCGUUUCGCGUUACUCUACAUCGAAGUUUGGCUUACUUUGCUCGUUCUUUCUCUCCCCCUUUCCCUGCGUCUGCUUCCUAUCAAAUAGACGGGUAAGUAGUACAACAUUAGCAUACAUUCAGAUCGAUUCCAAAACUGCACUCUCUCUCCCUGCAGAAAAAAGGCACGAACUGGCGGAAAAGUCGGCCUAACUGUAUAAUAUUUUCAUUUAUUUAUUAUGGAUGGAACUUCGUCACAAUACAUUAUUUUAAUUUCUUUCCCUUUUUUGCUUUUCUGCUUCUUUCCGCAGUGUAACAGGCUCGGCUCGUUACCAUUCGAGCCGAAUUCAGUGAUUCGUGCUUCGAAAGUUGGCCGCAUGGUGCGUGCAGUAUUCGAUUCUUUCAACGACUCUUUCCAUUACAAUAUAUUUAUUUAUAUAUAUAUAUCUUUUUUUCUUUUUUUUCUACGUCGAAUGCCCAUCGAGAACGAUCGAAUUUUAAAAAGGAUCGUUUUACACUAGAAUAACGUACUUUUAUAACAAUUAUCGGUGAUCUAAUCGCAAGAACGUGUCCCUUCCCCGAAAAGGUUCCAAAUGCAUUUCAAAUUAGGCAAACUCAUAUUACACAUAUUCAAUUCAUCGAAUAAUAAAUAUAAAUUUUCCCUGCGUUAUCGUAGGAAGAAAUUACAAAUUAUGAGAAUUACAGCAAACAAUUUUCGAACCGAAUUAUCGAGAAUUAACAAUUUAAAUCCUCGUUUAAAUUGCACGCCAUUAAAAGAAUUUACACGAUCGUCGCGUUAUCGUACAAAUUACCGAGUUGUCUGCAAUCGUUUACUUCGAUAACGAGAUCGUUUCACCCGGAGAAGGCACUGCAUCCACCACGCAGCCUAGAACUUCCGGUUAUCAUUUUUUCCCCCCCACCGUUCACUCUCGAAUAUCUACAGCAUAUUUUACGCUUCGCCGUUACAACACAUUCGCAUCGCUAUUCCUGGCGACUAAAUGUAGCCUUACGAAUGUAUUAUUUAUGUACAUACAUGCUGUACUGUGUACACACGCGUACACACACACGCACGCGUGUAUGUAACACGUGAGCUAGCCAGAGAUGGGCAACGUUUCAUUCGAAUAAUAAAUGACGAAUAAAAACACAGCGCAGCGAUUUAUUCUCAACCUUUAUUCGAUCGAACAGUUGCACUGAUGAGUUCCUAUUCGCCCAAAGUGAAAUUAAUUAUAAUCGUACUUUGCAAUAUUUAUAAUCCCAUAUUCAUAGUAUUUAUAUCAUUCAAAUUCGAGUAUUUAUCCAACGAACAAAGGACAAGAGGUUGCACCACCCUUUGUCCGUUAUUAAAAAUUGUUAUUCAAACAAGAACUUUGCCCGUCUCUGUUGCCAGGCUGCAUUUGGCAAUUUAUUCAUUUACAAUUACAAUGUACAUGUACUAUUGUAUAAUGCUUACGCUUUCUAACCUCUAAACGAAACGGUAUUAUUAUUGUCCUGCCGUAUUUCUCCGAGUAUUUUCCUUCUGCACAUACCACGCAUAUACACGCAUACGUUUUUUUUUUACACGCACACACGCACAAUUCUGGUGCUUAUAUACAGAGCCGAAUUAAGAGAUGGGACUUUAGGGGACUACGGCCCAGGUUGACCCCCCAAAGGAGGUUUCCAGGGGUUAGAAUUCGUUUUCACGCGAUACGAAGUCACAACUUUACGAACAGUUUUGUGUCAUGCUUGUCGGUACACAAAAUAGCGUAAAUAGAUAAUGAAAAAAAAUUUGUUAUCACGUCGUGACUUUAUCUUGCAGUGGAAACGGAUCACUCAUCGGAUGUUUCGUGUCAAAUUUUUACGUUAUUAUAUUUUUAAAUUAUUUGAAAAAAAAAAAAAUAAUUAUUUUUAUUCUGUACAAAAUAUUUAAUUCAUUUUUUUGUUUUUAAUGUUAUUGGAAACUGACAAUACCUGUAGCCUAGGGAUCUACGAAAUCUUAAUUCGACGCUGCUCGUGUAACGUAGUCAUGGAAAGCUCGUAGCAUAACCACCAGUGUUCGUCGAGUACAGCUUAAAGCGAACAUAAUUAUUACUCCCGCGUGCUUUGAGUCCGGAUAAAAAUCACAAUUCGUCGUUUACACGGAAUAAUUAAAAAUUAAAUUCAUGAUAAUUUCAGAGAUUCCCUAAUAGUUUACGGUACGUUUACUGUUGUUGUUAUUGUUGUUCAUGACAGGGGGAACGAGAGGAAAAUUAUAAUAAUUUUCUCAUUACAUCAAUCGUAAUAUGAUUACUUUUGCAUCGCUUUCGCUAUUUGAUUCUAUUUUAUAUUAAUACGUCCAGCAAACAAACAACGAUAGAGGGAAUAUAUUUGGUGGCUUAAAAGAAGCAUCGCGGGAGUAAUGUAUACUUUCGACGAGAGAAUUCAUUUCGAGAUCGAAUCAUCGAAUUGUUAUUUUAUCUCGGUAACUAGGCAAGCUCGGUCGUUCACGGAAGGCAUCGUACGGUGCUCAUUUUUAAAUCGUUGCAUCAACAAUCAUUAACAAUUUUUUUUUUCAUCUUUUUUUUUCGUAUUUCUCUCCUCGCUUUCUCGCGUUGCUUAUUUUUUUUUUCUUUUUCUUUACGAGUAUUUAAUCUAUUUUAUUUACUUUUAUUCCCUUUAGUUCUCGUGUAAUUAGUGUAGGAAGUAACGGAGACAUAACCGAUGCCGAUGCGCGAAAGCCUGGCAAAAUUACGCUGUAGUAGUCUGUGUUAUUUUAUUUUAAUACGUACAUACAUACAUCGAGGCGAGCAGGUUUGCAAAUACUCCCGAAUCAGAGCAAAUAUUUCUAUCUUUAUAGAUCUAUAUUUAUAUUUAUAUAUUCAUGUAUUUAUAUAUAUAUAUAUUUUUUCUUUUAUUCUUCGUUUAGUCACUUAUACGUAUGUAAUAUUGUCUUCGUAAGUUUCCUGCUUUUCCUUUCCUGAUGUCCUAAACCCGUUGGUCGUGAAAGUAUU